AUGUCUUCUAACGGGCAUUUCCACUCUAAUGAUCCCUAUAACCACCCAACUGGACUGAACUCCCAUCCAGUAUCAAGACACCCGUCAGCCCUGGUCAGGCUUGUUGAAGCAACAGGUCGAACUAGAGGAAGUGCUGCGACACCACGCCCCCCUGAUGUCCUAUCUCCGGCACCACAGAGAGGAUAUCAGACUCAAAAUCACCUUACUAACAUAAACCACAACCUAAAUAACACGCGUCCCAACCAGGGCAGCUUCAGCAACCGGAUUGCCUCGAGCCCAAGCUCAGCAUCCAGCUCAGCCAUUAACGAAGCAGUUCGCAACCGCAACCAAAGCUCCAGCACCCAGUAUCCCAAUCCUAACCAGAAUCAAGGAUUCAAUAACCGCAACCAAAGCUUCAGCGCCCAGCAUUCCAAUCCUAACCAGAAUCAAGGAUUCAACAACCGCAACCGCAAUUUCUCGGCGGCUCAGCUUCAUGGGUCCCAAAACCAAGGUCAAGGGUUUCUUCCAAGAAUUACUGGCAGUCAGGCCUCUAUGCAGCGCCAAGGCUUGGGUAGUAACAUGCCUCCUAUGACCGCGGAUCAAUUGGCCGCGCAAUUCCAAUCAAUACUUACCGACCUUCAGCAGACGGUCGCACGUAAUCCGAAUAUGCCAACAGCUACACGGGACAUGUUGAGCCAGCAGCUCCUCCGAAUAGGCCGAAACUUCACCGAAUCACAGCAACGUCUUCAGCAGGAUUUAGAUAGAGUCAGGAACGAACGUAAUACAAUCCAGGGACAACUCGACGAAGCCCGUCGACAGCUCAAUUCCGUUAUUGAAGAUCGUGCGAGAAUAUCGGGCGAACGCGACGCUCUACAACUAAGAGUCAGCGAACUUGGCUUGAAGUCCAAGAAGAGCAUUGAACGAAUUGAAGAUGUAGAGAGACGUUGGAAGAAGAUGAACGAGGAACUUCUAGAGCGGAUCCGUUUUCAGGAAGAGCAGUUGAGGGGCAAGCGUGCGCUAUGGAUGGAUGCAAAUCCUACCUCGAGUGCCCGUCGCAACGCCAUGAGCGCUCUUCACGAUCCUUUUGGUAACUCUCCCGUAUCGAGUCAGACCUCUGUGCUUGAUAGAGGCAUUACGACAACCAUGAACUCGCCAUCUGUUGCAAAUACUUCACAGAGUACUUUCUCCCCACAGGAUCAAAAUACGUUCGACAGAGCAAAAGGCACAUUACCACAGUCUCAGAGCACAUAUGGUCCAGCUCCUCUCCUGGGGCUUCCGUCUUCUCAGUCUGGUCCUCAUGACCAGCCGGGUGCUUCUGACAUAGCAGGCCCGCCUAGCGGAAUGACUCUUCGGCGCCGAAUACCAAGCAUGCCUUAUGGUAAAGCUUCGCCAGGAAUCCCAAUACGUAGUGAAAUCAAUUACGAUUCUAACUAUCGUAUCCACACCGAACCAAGGAGCGAAUGUGGGGCUCUAACUCCCGAAGAUGAGGUCGCAGAGGAGUUCAGAGAGGCCAUUAGCAAGAUCUACGGACUCAUUGAGAGCUGGGUUAAAAGUCACACCAACCUACCUCAUGAGGAGACAGACAAGGACAUUGCUAGCUCUAAUGAAGUCCUAUGGGAUUACAUGAUGAAUUGUACCUUCCCUGGGCGUCGACAAGAGGCUCAUAAUCGCGUGAUUUCUUUACUCAGGAAUCCAAAGACCAGAUUUUGGUUUGUGAUGAGAAUGGUUGUCACAUAUUGCGUGAAAGACAUGAUGUCUGUCGAGGCUUUCAAGGCUUUUGGCCCGUCGGUCACAGAGACAAUUGAGGAUGUUAAGAAGAAACUUGAGGAGCGAGGUUUAGCCAAUGAUGCUCGACAGGUCCUGAUUGACCGCCAGUCAGAAGCUGUACAAAGUUUGGUAGACUCAUCAGAGUUCGUUGAUUUCCGGACUAAUCAACUGCACUUUCACACGAAGCGCCUUCGCAAUAUGCUUGGACCUGUACUCAAUGUCGGUUGUUCUCGCUCGGAUGCUGGCAAGGGUCUUGGAGCAAUUGCUGUUGCGGCUUGGGACUUGUCUGUCAAAAUGCACACGUCCUGUCGCAGCUUCCAGAUUUACUUUCCAGAAACUUCCUCCAGAUUCACCACUGCUACUAUGGUUGCUAAAGACGCCCGUCUCGACACAACGUUGCUGCUGCAGAUGCGUCAGGCGCGUCUUAUGCUCGUCAUUACUCCAGUCAUCACCAUGCGAGACGAUCGCGGCACAUCCAUUCUGACAAAGAACUUGCACAUGUCCAAUGUUCUGAUCAUGGAUGCUCUCCAUCCUGAUGGCUUAAUCCGCCCUGGCUCGCCGCGUCUGCGCCUUUUACCUCCAGACACGGUCAACUACUUUUAA